AGGAUGAAGCUGAGGAACAAUUCAACAUAGAAGACGACUCCACCUGGAAUGAAUGGCCUGCCCAAGAAGCUGCUCCUGGUCUCGCGACCACACUCGCCCAAGGCCUUCAGAGUACUACGUUUUCUUCGAUACAAAGCGAGGAUCUUGAGUGACGCCUUCACUGAGCAAGGCCGAAUCCCUGGAGAAGAGGUCGACCCAUGUGGAAGGUAGGACGCGGACUCGCCAUGUGUCCGCUUCCUGUAUGCCUCUGGGAAUCCGAAAAUUCCACCCGCAUGGAAGCAUCCAUUCUGCCAUACAUCUGUGCAAGUGGUUUGCCAUUGCAUAUCGGCGAUGUUUUAGGUGGGAUGGCCGUCCAUGCUUUGGUUCUGGCGACUUACCAUUUGGCCAAUUCUGGAAUACUGGGAGAAACCCUUUUUGGCAUGGUCGCAUGCCUAGUCUGUCUCCUGACGUUCCGUGCCGAUCCCUGCACUAAGGUGGAGGUUUCUAUUCAAGAAUUUCUGGGGCAUAACCAACCUGAUCAGUGCCAACACUCGCCCAUGGACGCGGCCGAGCUCGGAUCAAGCAUUCCAAUUGAAAUAAUCAAUUCAUGGACGCCUGGGGCACAAUUGGGCUGGAAAGCAUUCAUGGCCGUCUUGCAAUCCAACAUAACCCAGCGUUCGUUGGGCAAGGUUGACAACGACCGCACAGCGGAUGCUAGAAUUUCGAACACCGACCAUGAAGAUUCGGACCACGAGAAUGACCGCAUGCAGGGCUGUGAUAGUGUUAUUCACUACGAUGAGCAACCUUAUGGCCCAAGAUCAUUUAUUGCGACAGCAAAAGUUUGGGCAUGAUUUGGGCAGCGAUUCAAGCCGAGCUGUUGACCUAUCGUCGAGUACACGAGGAAGAUUCGUGGCUAUCGCCUAGAUUUGAUCUACGAAAUGUCGUGAAUGGGUUGAGUAGAGGUGACGAUCAGUGUCUGAAUAAUCUUAUUGAAGAUGACGAUGAGGAUAGAUUGCGAGAGUUUUCUCGAUGCGGGACUUUCACGGAGGCGAGGAACCCAUUUUGUGCUCUGAGAGAAGAUGCUUGUGCUUCAUAUUACUCCAAUCUUGACGACUGGAAGCGCACGACAUUCAUCCGGGAGAUUGCCUGAGAAUAAUAUGCAUAGUAGAUGCAGAGUUCAUGUGAAUUAUUUGAUUUCCCUGCUGAAUGAGAAGCAUAAGUUAGUCAUCCAGGCGCCA